AUGGUUGCUUCUUUGUUCCUAGUUUUUUCCUUAGCCUUCAUAGCAGCAUGGGCUUUAGGUUUACUCUCGCGGCGAGGCCACGGAGGCAAUUUGCCUCCGGGGCCUCGUCCCCUUCCGAUAGUUGGAAACAUCUUCCAACUCCGCGGAAAUCCACUUAAGUCUUUAGCCGAUCUCGCCAAAACCUACGGCCCCUUGAUGUCCCUCCGCUUCGGGACUCAGCUUGUCGUCAUCGUCUCCUCGCCCGAGGUGGCGAUGGAGGUGCUACACAAGCAGGGCCAUACCUUCUCCAGCCGCUCCCUCCCCGCCGCUGUCAACAUCUACGGCUUCAACAAGGCUUUGUGGACCAUGAUGCCGGCCGACUCCGCCCCGUGGAAACGAUUCCGGAAAAUGGGCAAAGAGAAGCUCUUUUCUAACGAGGCGCUUCAUCAAACGGAAUGGCAACGUCAAGAGACGUUGCAAAGGCUCGCCAAGCAUGUGCGUGGGUUCAGCGAGCGGGGCGAGGUGAUGAACGUAGGGGCGGCGACGUUCACCACCAUGACCGACCUCGUGUUGUCGACUCUCUUCUCGAUCCAUCUCACCGACUACACCUCCCCGGAUUCCGCCAUGACCAAGGACUUCAAGGCGAAUGUUAAUGCCUUCUCGAGGUACAUUGGGAUUCCGAAUGUCUCUGAUUUCUUCCCGGUCUUAGCGCCGUUGGAUCUGCAAGGGAUCCGACGGAAGAUCGGGUAUCAUCUUAAGAAGUUGCUAGAUUUUGUGGAUGACAAAGUCGACAAGCGAAAGGUUGAACGGAUGGACUCCGAUUACCGUAAAAAGAAUGAUUUUCUAGACACGCUUCUUGACCUUGCGGAUGGAGCUGAGUAUGAAUUGACCAAAGAAGAAAUCAGUCUUCUCUUGGCGGACCUAAUUAUUGCAGGAACAGAAACAAGUGGAGCCAUGGCGGAAUGGACAAUGGUAGAGCUACUACUCCAUCCCGACAAAAUGGCAAAGGUGAAAGCAGAACUUAAGAGCGUUCUUAGAGAUAAAAGCAUCGCGGAAGCAUCAGACAUCGCCAAACUCCCAUACUUGCAAGCCACGGUCAAUGAAGCGUUCCGGUACCACCCUCCCUCGCCCCUAGUAGGUCCACGUGAAGCGAGAGAGGUAACAAAGGUAAAUGGUUACACAAUACCAAAAAAAACAAGGGUACUUGUGAACUUUUGGGCAAUUACUAAAGAUCCCAGGAUAUGGAAGAAUCCCGAGGUGUUUGAGCCUGAGAGGUUUUUGGGUACAGAUAUAGAUUUCGAGGGCCAACAUUUCCAGCUGAUUCCAUUUGGAUCGGGGAUAAGAAUUUGCCCUGGCUUGCCACUAGCUAGUCGUAUGUUGUUCUGCAUGGUGGCGACAUUGUGUCAUAACUUUGACUGGGAGCUUCCAGGAGGGGUUGAAUCCAAAGUAAUCGAAAGAGAAGAUGUGUUUGGAUUGUCACUGCAAAAGAAAGUCUCCCUUAGGGCCAAACCCAAACCCAUCAAGGUUUGAUGGAUUUUAUUAGACUUAUUAGAAUUUGCUUGUUCUUGUGUUGCUGAAUAAAUGUACGAAUAAAAAGUUAAACACUAUUGUAACAAGUUUUCCAUGUCAUUAUAUAAAUCACUAUCAUUAUAUGAA